GUUUCGCUCAAGGCUAUUAUCUUCCGAGGUUUCCCUCAUUCAUCUUAAAUGCCAAUACUUAGUUACAAGUUGAAUUGAAUUUGAAUAACGUCAACAAUUCAACUCUAAUUUACUGUUUUGGUGUUUUAUUUGUGCUUGAGUUUACUACUUUCAUGUGAUCUUCUCAUCCUCUCUAACUCAGUCCUUAAUCUCGCGUUACAAUCCUUUUUCCAUGAAUUCCUACCUGUCACCCUACAAAUUCCUCAAAGCCACAAAGUUCUUACCACAAUGGGUUUUGAAAAGGGAAAAAUUCAUCCAACAAGGUCAACUAUCAGCUUAUUCAUCUCUUUCAAAUUUACAUGGAAAUUUUGAAAAACUACAAAAACCACCAAAAAUAUUGAUAACAGGUAGUCUUGGUCAACUUGGAACUGGCUUAGCUGCAAAAUUCAGAGAAAUCUAUGGUCCAUCCAAUGUAGUAAUGUCAGAUAUCAUUCAAGCUCCUGAUCAUCUCCUUAAUAAAGGUCCAUACCUUUUUGCCGAUGUUUUGGACUUCAAAAAUCUUCAAGAAAUCAUUGUUAAUCAUCGAGUCGACUGGUUGAUUCAUUUUAGUGCUCUUUUGAGUGCCAUUGGUGAAAACAAUGUUCCUUUGGCAAUGAGAAUCAACAUUGAAGGUCUUCAUAAUAUAAUGGAAUUGGCUAAACAGUACAAACUGCGUCUUUUUGUUCCCAGCACUAUUGGUGCUUUCGGUCCAGAUUCACCUCUAAACCUUACACCUGAUGUGUGCAUCCAGCGUCCUAAAACAAUUUAUGGAGUCUCCAAAGUUCAUGCGGAGUUACUUGGAGAAUAUUAUAAUCAUAAAUUUGGAUUGGAUUUUCGGUGCCUUCGAUUUCCUGGUGUAAUCUCAGCCGAUACAGCACCUGGUGGUGGAACAACUGAUUAUGCUGUUGAUAUAUUUCUCAAGGCAUUGAAAUUUGGUAAAUUUAAAUGCUAUCUUAAACCCGAUACUCGACUUCCAAUGAUUUAUAUUGACGAUUGUCUUCGAGCUUUGGUUGAAUACAUGCAUGUACCUCAAGAUUGGUUACAAAGACGCACUUAUAAUAUAACUGCUAUGAGUUUCACGCCUGCUGAACUGGUUCAAGCUAUUCGUAAAUACAUUCCUGAUCUAGAGGUUACAUAUGAACCUGAUUCUCGACAAAAGAUUGCUGAAAAUUGGCCUCAAGUAUUUGAUGAUACAAAUGCACGAAAAGAUUGGAACUGGAGUCAUCGUCUUGAUAUCGAUGGUUUAGUUCGUGAAAUGUUGGUCAAAAUCUUGGAAACUCAAUCAAGUCCCUAUGUUGAUCGCAAUACAUUAAUGGCUCAGUCUAAUGCUUGACAUAGACCAAACAGUUUAUUGGCUCGAUGCAAACAAAUCUCUUUACCGAAUUAUAUUAAUCAAAGCUUUCAAUUGGAUUAUAACACUUUUCAAUCAACUAACCUGAAGAUAUUUUUUAUAUUGAAUUAUGCUAAUGAAAAUAACAAUUUCAAGUCUAAAUUAA